UAUUACGAUACAUACGAAUACGAGUUUUCUAAUCGGACUUGUACAUGGAUAUCGUUCCUUUUUGGGUCAAAAAACUCCAAGCCUGCUAAGCCCAAUGGGCUAACUAUAGCCUCAAAUUGGCUGGGCCUUGGCCCAUAAAACAUAGAUGAAACGGUCAAACUCAAGCUCGUCGACUAUCAACUGAUCAGAAACCUCGCGAUCAAUCGGUUCCGAGUUACAAGCUCCGAAUCCAAGACUUCCGUCGGAAGAAGAACGUGGGAAAGGAUGACGCGGUCGAGGUUUAUCCUGACGAUAUUUGGGACGGUCGUGGUGUUGCUGUUAGCCGGAAAUGCUCUAAGGCAAGCUAAAGCCAACAAUUCAGCUUCCGCCUUUGUCCAAAACACCAUCUUCUCUCACAAGAUCGUCAUUUUCUCCAAGUCCUAUUGCCCGUAUUGCUUUCGUGCCAAGCGCAUAUUCAGUGAGCUAAGUGAGAAACCUUAUGUUGUAGAGCUUGAUCUCCGAGAUGAUGGAGGUAAAAUCCAGUAUGUCCUUCUGGAUUUGGUCGGUCGAAGCACUGUCCCACAAGUGUUUGUGAAAGGCAAGCAUAUUGGAGGCUCUGAUGAUCUAAAGGAUGCAGUCCACAGUGGUAAAUUGCAAAAGCUUCUAGCUGCAAGUUAAUGAGCUAACAGAUAAAAGAGGAAUUCUGCGUGCGGAUUAGAGAAUCAUCUUAGGGUUGUGAAUUAAGUAAGUUCACCGCAAGAUUAUAUUGAAUGCUCCAGGAUACUGGCACUCCUUGUUGAUGUUAGUCUUGAUUCUCUUCAUCCUUAUGGAAGAUGUGGUUCAAGUCUUAAGUUCGUUGUAGAUGCAGUUUGGGAGAGGGAGCAAUGAUUUAGUUUAGUUUUCACUAGAAUCUAUACUUUGUUUAGUUUAGUUUUCACUAAAACCUAUACUUUGUCAAUGGAUCUAUCGGCAAUUUUGUGUUUCUCCAUAUGGUAAAUGUAACUGUUCUUUCUUCUGAAAUGAAUUCGAAACAAGUGAAAUGUGAACAUGAUUUUCCAUGUAAUUUUCAAAGAAAAUGUCUUAAUUAUUCAUUGAAGAUGUAAUUUGAGGACUGCAACCAGUGUGGUUGGCAUUGGUAUGCAUUGACAGAUAAAAAGAAGUCACCAAAAGUAUGGUGUCCAGAGUCCUUUUCAUGCAUGCUGUUUCUUGUCAAAAUUGGUUGUUAGGAGAAGGUUAUGAUAUAUAACAAGUCUAGCUUAUGCUAUUGUCUGUGCACAAUCAUCCAUGUUUUUCACUAAGCAAGGGUCGACCAUGGAUAGAGCAAUCUCGAGCUUCAAGAUACCUGCUUCUUCACUUCAAUGCUUCAUCAGUCUUACCAUCAUUCUCUUCAUUCCUCUCUAAGAUCGUGCCUUUGCUCCUAUUGAUACUAUAACACAAAAACCCUCUGGUAUCUGCAGAGAAUUGGAAGUGGUAUGUUUUUAUCAGCUAUGUCCAUGAAAGUAGUUGAUCUAGUUUAAAUGAAAAAGCAAAAAUCUUCUCAAGAGUAUGGCCUGGUGGAUUUGCCAAAUGCUAUGGUUCCGAUGACUGUGUGGUAGCUGCUUCCUUGACAUAUCUUGUUUGGUGUCUCAGAUGUUUUCACCACGGUUGGUCUGCAAGAAUUCUUCUAUGAUCAAGUUCCAAAUGAGUUGACGAGCACUGGUCUGUCUCGUUACCUAAUCUUCAGAGCAGGCAACUUUCUUAUCCCUGUUAUAGACAAAUCAAGUGGUAAUAAGGGUAGAAAAAGCUGGUUUGCUGAUAAUCUUCAUCAAGUACAUCUUGAUUACUUUUACUGGCUGUUUGCUUGGUUGAAUGUCUGCCUACAUGUCCUUAUGACACGUUGUGUUAGGAUCAGUAUUGAUGAAUUGUAAAUUUGUUAUUAAGUUCAUAUUAUAA